GAAAACAGCUGGUGACCGCACGGUGAGAGCAGAGCAGUGCGGUUGAUGGGAAGACAACAAGCAAGCAUCAUGAAGGCUUUGCUAAACCUGGUUUGGGCAUAUUUUCUCUUAAAACAGGUUGUUGGGGAAUAUGGGAUGGCCCAUUUCAGUGACAAGGGCCAAGGCAAAGGAAAGGAUUACUGCAUCUUCUUCAACUCCCAGUGGGCUCGUCUACCUCGGGACCUCAACAAAGCAUCUCGUCUGGAGACCUAUGACCUGACACCGUCAGUCCUGUGUUUCCCAUCAGACGUCCCCGAGGGUGGCUUCCCCAAUCGUAUCCCCAUGGUGAUGCGGGGGAACUGCACCUUCUAUGAGAAGGUCCGCCUGGCUCAGCUCAAUGGAGCUAAAGGCCUGCUCAUCGUCAGCAAAGACAGACUGACCCCACCGGCAGGAAACAAGAGUCAGUAUGAGGAGAUUGACAUCCCUGUGGCAUUACUCAGCUACACUGACAUGCUGGACAUUAGGAAGAUGUUUGGACAGGGCAGAGAGGUGGCCAUGUACGCGCCCAAGGAGCCCGUCCUGGACUACAACAUGGUUAUCAUCUUCCUCAUGGCUGUCGGGACGGUGGCCGUCGGAGGCUACUGGGCCGGUAGCAAGGACAUCAAGAAGCGUUACCUGAAGCACAAGCGUGAUGACAGCGUGGAGAAGCAGGACGAGGAGACGGUGGACGUGACACCCAUCAUGAUCUCUGUGUUCGUUGUCAUGUGCUGCUCCAUGCUGGUGCUGCUCUACUUCUUCUACGACCAACUGGUUUAUAUGAUCAUUGGGAUAUUCUGCCUGGCCUCGUCUGUUGGCCUGUACAGCUGUCUCUGGCCCUUUGUUAGGAGACUCCCCUUCGGGAAGUGCAGGAUCCCUGAGAACAACUUGCCUUACUGCCACAAGAGGCCUCAGGUCCGCAUGCUGCUGUUGUCAGCCUUCUGCAUCGGAGUCAGCAUCACCUGGGGUGUGUUCCGCAACGAAGACCAGUGGGCGUGGGUGUUACAAGACGCCCUGGGCAUAGCCUUCUGUCUCUACAUGCUCAAGACUAUCAGACUGCCCACGUUUAAGGCCUGCACCAUGCUGCUGGUGACCCUGUUUGUCUACGAUGUUUUCUUUGUUUUUAUUACUCCUCUCUUCACCAAGAGUGGCCAUAGUAUUAUGGUGGAGGUGGCGGCGGGGCCCUCUGACUCCUCCACACAUGAAAAGCUUCCUAUGGUGCUCAAAGUGCCCCGCCUCAACUCCUCCCCUCUGGCUCUGUGUGACAGGCCCUUUUCUCUGCUGGGAUUUGGAGACAUCUUAGUCCCAGGUCUGCUGAUAGCCUACUGUCACAGGUUUGACAUCCUAAUGCAGUCCUCACGGUUCUAUUUCCUGGCCUGCACUAUCGGUUAUGGUAUCGGGCUGCUCAUCACCUUCGUAGCUCUGGCCCUGAUGCAGAUGGGUCAGCCGGCCCUGUUAUACCUGGUGCCUUGCACCCUCCUCUCCAGCCUGGCGGUGGCGCUGUGGCGCAAAGAGCUGCCAUUAUUCUGGACAGGAAGUGGAUUUGUGCCUCCCAUAGUUCUGCAACCAAUCAACUGUAUGCAAACCCCAGGACCACCCACAGAUGACCCCCUCACCAAUCCUGAGCCACAAGGUCCUGAUGCAACCAAUCAGAGUGAGGACACUCCCCUUCCAGAGAAAGAGGCCAGCAAAUCAGAGUAAAGGACUUCUAGGAUGCCAAUUUCUUAUUCAUUUCAUUUUAUUUUUGACACAUAGGAUCUCAAUGGAACACUAUAAGUUCUUAAACAAAUGAUAAACAUUUCAGUGCACUUGGUGUGAAAAGGGGUAAGAAAAGGACAGACGUGAGAGAGGGAGGGCACUCAACCUACAGUGGCAGUUCUGUAACGUGUGAAACACCUUGGGGUCAGCAGGGGUCAGCACUGGCUGAGAGUCCUGGGGUCAGCAGGGUCAGCACUGGCUGAGAGUCCUGGGGUCAGCAGGGUCAGCACUGGCUGAGAGUCCUGGAUGAUGCGCUGUAGACCCAGGUCAAAGAGCACAACAUACACAGCCCCGACUGCGACCUACGCUGACUUAACGCCCCUCUCAUGAGUUUUAUCAUCCUGUCACAUAAAAUAGACGUUUUGUCUCCAAACUCUCCUGUCCUCCAGUUCAUCAUUUAUCCCACCAGUCCUAUGCAAAAUAGCAGUCAACAAUCUCCACAACUAGAAGGUCAAUGUGUUUGCAGUCCAACCAUCAGAAGCUCUGUCGGUUAGCUUGUUCCCCAUCUCCUUUAUUAAGUACCUUGAAGAAGAAGAACCACACUACGGCUUGUCUCUAUGUUUAUGACAGAUGAAGUAUCUACCGUACUACAUACCCUAUAUCAUGUGGUGCUAUCAUGGAUUCUCAACGACCUAAACGGUAUAGAAUAAUUAUCGAUUUGGGGGGUCAAAGGGCAGGGGGUCAAAGGGCGGUUUCCUAGUGAACUAAAAAAAAAGCUUAAUGGAGAAUCUCCUUGUAAAUUGUUAUAAAUCCUGGAUAAGGCUUAAUCCGUGCCCGGGAAACCUUCUCCAAUAGUUUUUUUGAUUUGGUUUAAAUCUGACCUUUUGACCUUUUUAUUGUUUUUGCAUGCUAUGGGUUUGGUUUAAACCAGGCUGUCAACAAUAGUGUGUGGUUUAUAUAGUAGCUUACACACUGUCUUUAUAUAAUACUAAGGGUGCAACAGUUAAUGUUGUCCACGCCGUUUCUCUAGUAGAUUUUGUGGUCCCAUUUUCCAUUAGGUGUAAAACCCAUGUAUUUAUGUGGUAGAUACAUACAGUAGUAUAUAGGUGUAAUUACAUUGUAGGCAGCUAGGUUCAAAUAGUACUUAAACAUGUUUAAGAGUUUUUAAAGUUGUAACUAAUUACACUAACUACUUACUGGUAUGUAGCUACCAUGUGAACACAUGGGUUAUAAGGAGACCUAAUGUAGAGCGGCCAAUUUUGGUUAUAUAAUUCAUAUUGUCUUAAUGGGUUUUGGCCUUACUGGUGUCCAUGGUUACAAUUGGAAUGUCUCUGUGCAUAGUGCUUUAUGAAGACAGAGUUCUGUAUUCAUGUGUUAGUUGAUUAUGUUUCUUAAACUGAUAAGUGAUACUUUAUGUUGUU